AUGAUAUAUGCCGAAAUGAAUUUAUUUAAAUUAAAUGAUGCACUAUCUUUAUUAAAAGAUCAAUAUUCUUGUCUGAAACAUGUUCAUCACAAAAUACUGGUCCCGUUACCUCCAAGUCAUAUUAAUAAAGUAGGAAAUGGAAUUAAACGUGUUUUAAAUGACAAUGCUAUAAAUGCAGCAAAAAAACUAUCCGGUUAUCCAUUGGCGGGUGGUAAAAUUCGUGUUUUGAGUUCAAUGGGUUCAACUUUUCAAGAUGAAGCAUCUGUCUGGGUACCCGUUUCAAUGGAAUUUGUUAUAUUUGUUCCACAACAAGGCAAACGUGUUCGAGCCACUGUAUCAAAAUUAGGAAAGAAACAUAUUGGUUGUUUGAUUCAUCAGCGAUUUAAUGCCGCAUUUCAUCGUGAUACUGUAGCUGAGAAAUAUUCAAAUUUUACCUUUAAAUUAGGACAAACAGUUAUAUUAGAAAUAAAUGAUUAUGAAGUUGUUGAACAAAUUUUACAGAUAAAAGCACGUUUAGUUGAAAUUGAAAAAUAUGAAUGGAGAAAGGCUGAAGUUCAUGUUCAAUUUGAUGUUCAAUUUGAUGAUCAAACAAAAUGUAUUAAGUUCGAGCAAAUAUGUGAUGGCGUUCACAAUUGUGAGAAUGGAACGGAUGAGACAAUCUGUAAUACCUGUAAGGAUGUGUCCAAAACAAAGACUAUAGGGUGUUAUGUAGACCAUGGAGAAAAACUAAUUUUUGAAUGUAUGUCACCGACAAACAUCUGUGAUAACGUUACCGAUUGUAAAGAUGCAAGAGAUGAAGAUUUACAGAGAUGCAAUCAAUGGAAAUGUAAAAAUGGUUUUUGUAUUGCUGAUGAUAAAAAGUGUGAUGGAAAACCUGAUUGUGCUGAUUCGAGUGAUGAAAGUUCAACAGUUUGUCAUUGGUCAGAUUGUUCAAAUAUAAGCCAGAGUAAAUGUCCAUCUGGUCAAUGUAUUUCAAAUAAUUUGAUCUGUAAUGGUAAUCAAGAUUGUUCCGAUGGUUUUGAUGAACGAAAUUGUACUCAUUGUACAACAUCAUACGCAUUUCACUGUAAAACGUCUCAUCAAUGUAUUAAUGCAUCUCAUGUUUGCGAUGAUACUAACGAUUACAAUCUACCAAAGAAUGAUAUUUGUUCAAAAUCAGAAAAUUAUUUUGCAUGUUCUAAUACUGGACCAUGCAUUUCAAAAGAUCAUAUUUGCGAUGGACGAUUCGAUUGUCCAAAUAAAAUAGACGAAAGUCAUUGUUCAAAAUUAUGUUCAGAAUCAGUUUGUCCCAAUCAUACGAAAUGUAUCGAACAUCAAUUAUUUGGAAAACUUUGUCGUUGUCUCAAUACUGGUUAUCAUCUAAAAAUGAAAAAUAACUCCUUUAUCUGCGAAGAUAUUGAUGAAUGUAGUUCUCUUGAUUACUGUUCAUUUGAAUGUGUUAAUUUGAAUGGUGAUUAUAAAUGUAAAUGUCCUACUGCAGAUUUCGUGUUUGAUGAAGAAACAAAAUCAUGUAAAAGACUCAAUAAUAGAUCACAUAUUCAAUUAUUAGCACUUUUAAAUGAACAACUUGUAUUGUAUAAUAUGUUAAAUGUCAUUAUUGAUCAUGUGGAUAUACAGAUAUAUCAGACUAAUUUAAUUCAAUAUGAUAGUGAACAAAUGUUCUUUCUUUAUUAUGAUGAUCGACAAUCAACCGUAUUCUGUACACAAGCCAAUAAUAAUUCAAUUGUUAUUCCUUUAAUAACAAAGAUAAGAGUCGGUGAUUGGACAUAUGAUUCAAAUGAUAAGACAUUAUAUUUAAUUGAAAAUAGUACACAAACAUUGCGUAUUUAUGCAUCUAUUACAUGUACAACAAAAUUCAGUAUUAAGAUGAUUUCGUGGCCAUUGACUGCUAAAACAAUUACGAACUAUCCGUUAAUUCGAUUAGAUAUUAAAAACAAAUAUUUGUAUCGUAUUUUUGAUCAAUGUAUAAUUCAAACAUCGACUCAUAAUCCAACAACAGUUCUAAAUAUGUAUGAAACUACUAAACAGAUUCAAGGAUUAACAUACGAUACACUGACACAACGAAUUUUUUGGACUCAAAAAGAGACUGAUGAACAAUAUGCAAUUUACUCAUGUAGUUUUCAACUCAAAUCAUGCUAUGAUACAUUAAUUCGACUACCCGUUUCACAACCUUUUAUAUUUUAUAAUGAUGGAAUUUUGUAUUAUUCUCAACAGCGUCAUACAUUUGAAUUUAUGUAUAUGUUUGGUAAAAAACGAUUUAAUUUAAUUAAUGUAUUUAAUACUACAUACGAAUCCGUCCGUUCAAUCGUCUUUCUCGAUACACUCAUCUAUUAUAAUCAUAGUUUGUGUCGUUCAUCAAAUCCUUGUAAAUCAAAUGAAAUAUGUUUAACAACAAAUAUUUCAUCGUAUACUUGUUUAUUUGCAAAUGAAACGUUAACAUAUGUGUCCUUUGUAACAAGUCCAUCGAAAAUAAGAAUAGGUCAGCUGCCAAUCAGUGUCGGAAUUGUUUCACUGAUAUUUAUAUUUAUUCUUGCCAUUAUCGUAGUACUUUUGGUAAAAUGGUAUCGGCAUCAACUCGUCGAUAAACGACAGCAACAACACCAGCGGUCUCCAAUGGAUAAUACUGCUGAUCCAUUGGGAUUCCCGUUAUUAAUAGAUGAUUAG